AUGUUCGGUGCCGUUUCUUUGGUUGUUCUUGUGGUCGGUGUCACCGCCACACUUAAUGGUCUCGAUUUGGAGAAUCCCGGAGACUUCGUCCUCCCCUCCGGCGACUUCAUCGAUCUGAUCUCUCGUGACGCGGAAAACCUACCGGACCUCUCGACAUACGGUGUGAAACACAUCUCGGGUGGUGCUGGUGAAGGAGAGCAAAAACUAUUGGAAGAGGACAACUACCAAGAGCGUCAGGAGGUGAAAUCCGACAACGUUCUUCCGGCUUACUGCGAGCCACCAAAUCCAUGCCCAGUGGGAUUCACCAAGGAGCAAGGAUGCAUUGAGGAGUUCGAGAAUAGUGCCGAGUUCUCGAGAAACUAUCAAGCCCAGCAGCAUUGCAUUUGUGAUCAGGAGCACAUGUUCAACUGCGCUGAAAAGGAAGUCCAAGACGUCUCAGAAUCCCUCCAGAAGAUCCUCGAAGAAAACAACAUGCACGCCAACACCAUUGCCAAGAAGUUCCACGACAAGAGAAGCUCCGAUGAGUAUGUCCCACGUCGCAAGCGUUCCGUCCCAGCCUACCACCAGAAAGUCAACCCGUACCUUCAAGGAGAGCCAUUGAGAUCUAUGCAAAAGAAGAAUGGUAAACAUUCGUGGUAG